ACACAACGGAAGCUCGAAAGGGACAUUUAUAGGGUUGUGCAGAAAGUUCUGACUGACAGUCGCAGAGGUUCAUGCUAGCUCACAAAGUUUCUGAUAUCUUCCUGAACAUGGUCCACUCAUGUUGACUGGAUGCAGGAAUCUCUUUCUGAUCUUUGCAUCACUUGUACAUAGAAGAACUUGGAUGUGUAAAAGGUUCAAGCCUAAAAGUGAACUCCACUUCUCUGCCUCAGCAGCAUCAUUUUCUCUUCCCUCUGUCUCCUCGUCUCCUCAACAGCGAAUCAUCAACAGCUCAUCCUUUCUGCAUCCUCCUUUCUCCUCCGCCUUCCAGCCUCCUCACUGCUCCCACUUUACUGGCCCCAUGGAGUUAAAGGAAACUUUGCAGGUUCUGGAGCAGCUCGCUCCUCUGUCUCUUGCUGAGUCAUGGGAUAACGUCGGCUUGCUGGUCGAGCCUAGCAAACCUCGGCCGGUCAAAACCAUCCUGCUGACCAACGACCUCACAGAUGCAGUCAUGGCGGAAGCAGAGGCUUUGAGCUGUGACCUCAUUAUUUCCUAUCACCCGCCGUUGUUCCGUCCUGUUAAGCGACUGAACCAGAAAGAUUGGAAGCAGCGAUUGGCCAUCCGGGCGGUAGAGGCUGGGAUUGCGGUCUUCUCCCCUCACACUUCAUGGGACAGUGUUAAAGGAGGGGUAAAUGACUGGCUGGUUGCAGGCCUUGGCAGCGGCCAAGUGUCUGUGCUGAGUCAGGCUCUUGGUAACGCCUCCCACUGUCAUAAACUCGAGUUCACAGUGAGAAGCACAGAGGAACUAAACACAGUGAUGAAGGAGCUUAAGGCCUGUGAUGGAGGAACAUCCUUAAUCUCUACAGGAACCAGAGCAGACAGCAGUGGGAUCCACGCCAGCGUAUUAUGCAGCGACUCAGCACUGACUCCCAGCGUUCAAACUCUGCUGCAGCACAGCUGCUCCAGUCAGUCCCUCAGCAUCCUGAAGUUAGAGAAGCCGCCUCUGCCGGGCCACGGCCAAGGCCGACUCAGCGUUUUGGAGCAGCCAGUGACUGUGGCUGAAGCCGUCCAGAGGAUGAAGUCCCACCUGGUGUUGAGUCAUCUGCGAUUAGCCCUGGGAUGGGGGCAAACGUUAGAGUCGUCCGUGCGCACCGUGGCGGCGUGUGCUGGUUCUGGAGCCUCAGUGCUGAAUGGAGUUAAGGCAGACCUCUAUAUCACAGGGGAGAUGUCCCAUCAUGAAGUGUUGGACGCAGCAGCGCAGGGAACCGGCGUCCUCCUCAGUGACCACAGCAACAGCGAGCGCGGAUUCCUGGCCGUGUUCAGAGAGAGGCUGGCUGUGCGUCUUCCUGAAAGUGUAGCUGUUGUGGUGUCAAAAGUGGACAGAGACCCCCUGGAGGUGGUCUGAUAGGUUUUCUCUAAAUGAAAUGUAAAAAUGUUUUAAAACACCUUUUCUAUUAAUAAAGGCACUGUCAGAAAAACAUGA